CGAAUUUGUGCCUAUAAAUCUUAGUUUUUAAGAUGGAAUUAUUCGACCAAAUGAACAAAUUAAAGCCACCAAUUGCCACCUAGGACUAUUCUUCCAUAUCCACUUAAUUAAACUUUUAAGAAAAAGGAAAAGAAAUUAAACAAAAGCAAACAAAGAUCUCAUGAUCUUUGCUUAUAAAUAGAAGUCCAAGUCUUAGAUCUUUCUUAUCAUCUCACUACAAUUCUUGAUCUUCUUCUUAACUUAUACCUCAAAUAAUGGAUAAUUAUCAGACCAAGAAUAUAUCUAAUCUAUUAACUUCUUUGUGUUUUACCACUCUCUUAAUAUUAGCUCCGGUGGUUAUAUGCACUAGACAACACCGGUUCGAUAGCCCGAAAAGAAGCUUGUUGGCCAACGAGCAAGAUUUAGUGACAGGUUUGCCUGGACAGCCUGAUGUGAGUUUCAGACAUUAUGCCGGAUAUGUCCCUGUCGAUGAAUCCAACGGAAGAGCUAUGUUUUACUGGUUCUUUGAGGCCAUGGAUCUCCCGAAAGAGAAACCUCUAGUCCUCUGGCUUAAUGGAGGUCCAGGUUGUUCUUCUGUGGGAUAUGGGGCAACACAAGAAAUUGGUCCUUUUCUCGUGGACACCAACGGAAACGGACUUAACUUUAAUCCAUACGCAUGGAAUAAAGAGGCCAACAUGCUGUUUUUAGAAUCUCCCGUCGGUGUUGGCUUUUCGUAUUCAAACACAAGUAGCGAUUAUCAAAAACUUGGAGAUGACUUUACAGCAAGAGACGCAUACACUUUUCUUUGCAACUGGUUCGAGAAAUUCCCAGAGCACAAAGAAAAUACGUUCUAUAUCGCGGGUGAAAGUUAUGCAGGAAAAUACGUACCUGAGCUAGCAGAGGUUGUAUACGAUAACAAUAACAAUAACAAGAAGAAUGGUUCAUCGUUUCACAUCAAUCUUAAGGGUAUUUUGUUGGGGAAUCCUGAGACAUCAGAUGCAGAAGAUUGGAGAGGUUGGGUGGAUUAUGCAUGGAGCCAUGCAGUAAUAUCAGAUGAGACUCAUAGGAUCAUAACCAGGACGUGCAAUUUCAGCAGCGAUAAUACUUGGAGCAACGAUGAGUGCAAUGAGGCCGUAGCAGAAGUUCUCAAGCAGUAUCACGAGAUAGAUAUCUAUAGCAUCUAUACCUCAGUUUGCAUAGGAGAUUCUGCGCGAUCGUCUUACUUUGAUUCAGCGCAAUUCAAAACAAAUUCUCGCAUUAGCUCCAAGAGGAUGCCACCGAGGCUCAUGGGUGGAUAUGAUCCAUGCUUAGAUGAUUACGCGAGAGUAUUUUACAACAGAGCAGAUGUUCAGAAGUCUCUUCAUGCGAGUGAUGGAGUUAAUCUCAAGAACUGGAGCAUUUGCAACAUGGAGAUCUUUAAUAAUUGGACUGGUUCAAACCCGUCGGUUUUGCCUAUUUACGAGAAACUCAUCGCCGGAGGAUUAAGAAUAUGGGUUUACAGUGGUGACACAGACGGAAGAGUUCCAGUACUUGCGACUCGUUAUAGCUUAAACGCACUCGAAUUACCCAUCAAGACAGCUUGGAGGCCAUGGUACCAUGAAAAACAGGUAAGUGGGUGGCUUCAAGAAUACGAAGGUUUAACGUUUGCUACGUUCAGAGGAGCUGGACAUGCGGUGCCUUGCUUCAAACCAAGCAGCUCUCUCGCCUUUUUCUCGGCGUUUCUCAGCGGAGUUCCUCCUCCGCCAUCGCGGUAGAGAAGAAAUUCAAUGAUUAAAAAGAUGAUUUAGUACGUAAUCUAAUUAUGAGUAUUUUUGAAAGAUUUUUGGGUUUUGUUUCGUUAACUUGUCAGACACACGAGAUAGGGGAAAACAAGGAUUGUAACUUGUAAGAGAGAAUAUGUGAUUUAUGUUACGUUUUAUGUCAUGAUCAUAAUGAUCAAAAGAAAACCUUCACCGCUUUGAGAUUAUGAUCAAAUGAAAAAUAAAUAGCUUUUUGGUGCAAUGUCAUUAUAAUGAAAUCCAAAUUGGAACCCCAGACUAGUUUGGCGCACACAUUUUUUUGGUGGUUUUUGUUAAUUCUCCCUUUUAUAUAAUUCAUUAGUAACCGUAGAUUUUUGCUACUUAAAUCGAUGGUCAAAUAUAAUAAAGUUAUGUAUACGGUAUAUGAUAAUCUCUCUUUUGGGUAAGAAUGGAACAUUCAUGCAUUAAUCAUCAGAAAAUCUCUUCCCAAAUAAGAUAGUAGGAUUUCAUUCUUACCAACCAUAUUUACUUUUGUAUUAGCAUUAUAUUAUUAUUAUUCCCAUUUGUUAUCUUAGAGAUAAGUUUGAACCAUUGACCCAUCAAA